UUCGAUAUAAAGAAAAACAGCUUAGGAGUCUAUAGCCGCUAUAUUAAUCGAGAUAAGGAGAGAACUACUAAUAAGCCCUACUUCUUUAGCGCUACGAAUAGCCUUAACUUCGGGGAAGUCCCCGGUAAUCUACCUAGCCUAAUAAUAAUUAAGGAGAUACUAAUUACUAGGGUUCACGUAUACAUAAAGUAUAAAUACCGCGGCUAUAUUAUCUACUUCCUUUGUAAUAUUAGUAGGCUAUUUAAAGAGCUCCCGGUCCUACCUAAAGAGCUAGAUAUUAUGCUCUUACGGCCUCCUAAUAUAGAGGGCGACCCUUAUUUCUAG